GAGUGACUGCAAUCUCAUGUCGCGUGAAUUACGAGAAAUGAGCCUGUAAUUUUAUAAAAAAUGCUUCACUGAAUAUCGCUCCUGUGGUUAUUAGAUUACCGCAGUGGUGACCUUCAUGAUCUCUUGAGUGGGGGUCUCGCGAUAUUGCGCAAUAUCCGGAGCUCCUUCACAUAAUCCAGUGACUAAUGAGCGGGGGUGCAUAUCAAAUCCCAUGAAUACCUUGAUAAGGAUCAAGUUUCCGAAGAAAAAAAUGGAGUAUAGCCUGCUUCUAAGUCUGCUCAUGUGCGCGAUGAUCGUUCGUACGCAUGCGUACUGCGUCGCAUCGUGCGACGACGCGGCGGGUGAAGGCAGUCUCGUGCAAAACCCCAGCAACUGCUUCGAGUUCUACGUCUGCAGCGACCCUGAUGGUGACGGUAGCCUGCAACUCUCAGACGAGGCUCUCACUUGUUCUACCGGGAUGUACUUUGACGAUAAUACGUCAAACUGCGAGGCGAUACCUACCGACGGCAGCCAGUACUGUGACAACUUGUGUAACCCUUGUGAUGUGCAGUGUGGGAUACCUGGUACUUUGAUUCCUGACCCCUACAACUGCCAAAACUACUACAUUUGUUUAGCUAACAAUGAAAAUAGACUAGGUUCGUGUAAAGAGGGUGAAGAAUUUGACUAUAUAAAAAAUGUGUGUUCGACUGAGCCAGGCGUAUGUUACAGUGCUUGUAAUCCUUGCACCGUAUACUGCGUUAAAGAGGGACGAGUGCCUGACCCCUGCAAUUGUGAGGGAUACAUUUACUGCGAACCUCCAUCUGGCUACGUUCAUUUUGAUUGUCCUAGCAACAGUUCCUACGAACCUUCAAGUAAUUCGUGCGUUGAAUACACUUCUCCCGUGACUAGUUGUGAUAAAACUUGCACUGAACCAUCAUGUCCAGCUGCAUAAGUUCCCAUGGCCGGCAGUGUUCAAUUACAUGAGGUGCAUAUCUUACCUUGAUGAUUCAUGUGAUAUUCUGAGACUUUGAUGCAAAUAAACCAUUUAUCAUAAGAAAAUAAAGUUAAAUAUUUUUUUAAACACCAUGAGAAUAGAUUGUUUUGAUACUAUAUACAACGGCUGACUUGUUUGUAAUGCUUAGAUUUUCAGACAAUUUUUCUUGAGUUUUUAAAAUAAAAGACCUUCAAAUUUU